AUGUUUCAAGGGCAAGCGUUACGUCUAGCGCAGGUGCUUCUCAUCGUCGCGCCAGCAUUUAUCACCUACGGUUACAAUCAAGCGGGAGUCGGGCCGCUCGCCACACUCCAAACAUGGAAAGGCGCAGUCAUUGCCUCCCUCCAACUGGGAGCGCUCCUGGGGGCUCUCUCAUGCACGUAUCUCGGGGACCGUCUUGGCCGGCGCAAGACUCUUUUCCUCGCUGCUGCUCUCGUCGUGAUAGGCGAGCUGUUGGAAACCUCGGCCUACGACAUCGCCCAGUUUACCGUUGGGCGGGUUGUACUAGGCAUUGGGGUCGGGCAACUUAGUGCCACUGUCCCAGUCUUCCAGGCGGAGUGUAGCUCGGCAAAGAACCGUGGGCAGCAUGUGGUUGUUGAUGGCAUCUGCAUGGUCCUGGGUUUUGUUCUUUGCAAUUGGAUUGAUUUCGGACUUAGCAAGACAACAGGUCAAACGCAGUUCCGCGUCCCUCUUGCUAUUUCCUUCUUAUUCCCUCUGAUUGUUCUCGCCUCUGUGUUCUUUCUCCCGGAGUCCCCCCGCUGGCUGGUCUUGGUAGGCCGCUCAGGUGACGCCGCGCGCAGUUUAGCAGCCUACAGGGGACUCUCGGUAGAAGAUGAAGCCAUCCAGGCCGAAAUUGCGAGUAUCGAAUCCGCGCUAGAGCUUACGGAGCGAUCCAACCGUAUCACAUUACGCGAAGUGUUCUCCCGAAGCGACGAAGACCGUCUCUUCUACCGCUUCACUUUGUGCAUGGUUAUCCAGUUCUUUCAGCAAAUGUGCGGCGGCAACCUGAUCUCAACCUAUAUCUCAACAAUCUUCGAACAGAACCUGAAACUCGGCAGUGACCUGUCUCGGAUCCUAGCUGCCAGCGCAUUGACAUGGAAAUGUCUAUGCAAUUUUAUCCCCUUUUUUGCCAUCGAUCGCCUAGGCCGUCGGAAGGUCUUUAUAUUCAGCGGCACAGGAAUGUGCAUCUGCAUGACCGUAUUGGCAAUUACAACCAGCUUCGACACUAGCAACAAGACCGCGUCAGUUCUUUCCGUGGUUUUCAUCUGGUUGUUUAACCUAUUCUACCCAAUCGGGUUUUCGGGCGCAAACUUCCUCUAUUGCACAGAGGUCGCCCCUAUCCAAUUACGAGUCGCCAUGUCUUCCAUAUCCACGGCGAACAAGUGGCUAUGGAACUUUAUUGUGGUAAUGAUCACCCCCGUUGCGCUUGACACUAUUGGAUAUCGGUAUUAUAUCGUCUACGCGGCUAUUUCGGCUUGCAUUCCCGUCUCCGUGUAUUUCUUCUACCCUGAAACGAUGGGCCGCAAUCUCGAGGCCUUGAAUCAGGUAUUUCGUGAUGCUCCCUCGAUGUGGGAUGUUGUAUCCAUGGCGAAGGACCUUCCCAAGGGGGAUGUGGCUGCGUUGGAUGUAGAUGAGGUCGACAAGAAGAAGCUGGAUACAGAGCAAAAGGAGUACGCAUGA